GUUUUUACAUCCCGAGUUAUUUAGUCUAUUAGAAUCCAAUUUGAAUUCCUCCUGCAUUUCUGUUGUUCUUUAAUGACCUUUUAGUCUACUUAUUUUCUAUUAUAUUUAGCAAAUUUUACAAACAUAUAUUUGUAGGCAUGAUUUAUAAAUAUGAUAUUCAGGUGUGUUAUUAAGCAAGUUAUAAAUACAUUCAAUAGGCUUGAUUAAACUGACCAUCAAAACCUUUUGCCUAUUUCUGGUGACACAAGUAAGGCCUAAGUGUGAAGCUAUAUAUAUAAAAAAAACGUUAUUGUAAAAUAAUACAAAAAAAACUGCCAAUGUUAUCCAACAUAAAAGUAUUGUUUUAACCUAGUUUGGUGAUUGACGUGUAGGCCUAGUUAAUGUGAUCACUAAAUAUUCAGUUGACUUUCUAAUGAUCAAAAGGGUAAUAUUUUCGGCUGUUCACUCACAGUUCUGUGCUGCCUGACUCUGGAAAGAGCUUGAAUCAAACGCCCGCCGUUUUGUUUAGCGAAUCCAGCAGCUUCGCCAUUGGUUCACGGCAUCAUCCAAUUGGAGACUCUGUUUAUCACGGGGCGCGCCUCACGGGCACGCUUCUCAUUGUGUUUACCAAACCAAGGGACGAGCGCGUUCCCCUACUGGCCCUCCUUCGCGCGUAGUUGUGGCACUAGCGGAUACAGUGGGAGAGUUUCUGUGUGGAUGUGCGAGCUUCGAUUCACUAGAAGCCUGAACUUCUACGAUGCAUCUCUAUACCUCAACUGCACAAUACAAUCUGCAGACUAGGAUGUAACUAUUUCCACGUUUUUAUUUUUGUACGCCGCUUUUUUUCAUUUGUAUGUUUUCGUACUAUUUUUUAAAUCAUUAAUUGUUAUGCAAGGAAUAACUUACCAAACAUGAACGGGACAUACUUUUUGGUCGGCAAGGCAAAAACUCGACUGAAUGCAAGACGACCUAUCCGAAGUUCAUAAAAGGGAUUAUUGCAUCUGGGCAGCGUUCGAUGCUUCUGGUUUUUCCUCUGGAUUGGGGGAUUUAUCGCUUCUCGACAGAAUGGAAAGCCGGGAUUUCGCUCCUCCACACCACCUCUUGACAGAGCGGGGCGCGUUGGUUCACCAUGCCGCCUCUCGGAUAGCUCCUGGCGGCCACAGCACGGUGCAGCACCCCGCUCAUUUCCAGCCCGGAAAAUACUAUUCCUCUCACAUCUCCAUGGCCCCACAUUCAGGUGCAUCGUUCAUGGGCUCAUUCCUGGCCAGCAGUUUGGGCUCUCCCCAGUCUCACCCAUCCGGCCCCCCUGCCUCCCCUUCCUCCCCCUCCUACAGGGGAGGACCUCACUCCAGCGCCUCUCCCAUCUGGUUCCCCCACUCACAUGAAGGGUAUCCCCGUUAUUCAGGAGGUCUGACCUCCCCCUUUCUUCCCAUGAGCCACUUGGAUCACCAUAGCAACAGCAGCGUUCUCUACGGACAGCACCGAUUCUACGACACUCAGAAAGAUCAUUUCUAUCUGAGAAGUCUGCCGUCCCAGCCCCCUCUUCUCUCAACCAAUCACAGCCUUCCGACACUGUCUAGGACUGCCCCCGGACAUCCUCUGGGGUCCUGCAGCAGAGAAACAGACUCUGGGGAAGGAGGAGGGGGAGGGGGACCCCAAAAGAGCUCCAAGGAACCGGGGAUGAUGGAAAAGAGUGUGUCGAAAGAGAAAGAGAGAUCCAGCAGCAAAGAGAGACCCCAGGAGAGCAAAGAGAGACAUCAUCAUCCCAACCAUCAACAUCAGCCUCAUUCGCUUUCUCACCCCCACUUCCUCCCCACUCACAUUGGUGAGGAGGACCACAGACACAAAACCCCCAACCUGCCCACGGAAUACAGGGACGACCCCGCAAAGCACGGAAACGACCCCUUAAACCAGGGCUCCAAACACAUGACUAACUGUGCUCAACUUAGUAAACUAUCCAAUGGUGACUCUGGGUCUGGGUCCAAGGGCGGGUCCCUGAACAGCUGUGGAGGUGGAGGUGAAGGGGGUAGCAGACCCCAGGGGAGUGGUAGUGGGGGGGCGAGACGAUGCUCCAAGGAAGGUGGUGUGAGUGGGGAGAUGAGGAUAAGUGAAACUCUUCCCUCCUCCUCGUCAGACUGUCUGCGUCGAGCAGCCAUGAUGGGACCCCACAACCCCCAUGCCAUGGCUUCCUACUCCAUGCCGCCCCCGCCCCUUCCUCCACCACUACAUAUGGGGCCUGCUGUGGGAGGGGGCUGGCUGCACCAUCCUCACCACCCCCAUCACCCCCACCCUGAGUUCUACUGCCCCCCUCCCCCCCUCACCCUCACCCCCCCUAAAGACAGAGGAUCAGGGAGGGAGGCGAAAGUCUCUGGCCCAACGUACGUCCCCUCAGUCGGGCCUUUUGGGGACAUGGGGUCCCCUGACUGCCGUGGUGCUGGAGGAGGAGUAGGUGGAAGCGGAGCUAAGGAUGUAAAAGGGGCAGAGAAGAGCGGAGGAGGAGGAAGAGGAGGAGGCUCUAGUGAAAGUCUUCAUUCUCUUCUUCAUCCUCAUCAUCCUCAGUCUAGUAACUGCCAGAGGAAGCUGUCGUCCCAGACGCAGCAGCCCCAGCCCCAUCAACAGCAGCUGGGCUACGGCAAGGCAGACAAGCCCCCAGACUGGAACCAGAACCACAAAUACAACCACCACAGCCAGAACUACCAGCCCAACUCCCAGUCUCAACCUCAGCCCCAUAACCCUAACCCCCAGUCCCACCACCCUAACCCCCAGCCCGGGCCUCGCACCUGCAGCCUAGAGGCCUCUUCCUCCAGGGGAGACUUGGAGGUCCUAGAGGUCUACCGGCCCUCCCUGCCUCUUGAAGCCCAGAGCGCUUACCCCGGGGCUGGGCACCACGCCACCAAGACUGGGCCCUACGCCAGCACCCCGCCCUUCCGGGACUGUUCCCACUCAGCUCCUCCUGAGGGAAAGGGGGGGUCGGGGGGGAGUGCCCAAAGAAAGGGGCAGAAGGUUGCUAGGAUAAGGCACCAGCAGCACAGUAGUCAUGGCAGCGGGUCGGGUUCUGAUGGAUCAGGCACUGAGAGGGGGAGAGAGGGGGGGAGGCAGAGCCAAAAUCAGAAUGGUGAGGGUGGUGUUGUCAUGGGGUACGGGGGUCAAACGCCCUCCACACUGCACCCCUGGGGGGUACUGAGAGGUCCCCAAGAGGACGAGAGGAGGAUGUCCCCCCACACAGAGUCCUACCCCGAUAACAGGACUCAAAACCACCAUGACCAACAGCAGUCUAUGACAGCACCUCACCCCUCUCACCCCCACUCUCACCACUCCUCCCACUCCUCCCCCCACCUAGAGGGAGAGAGCAGCGCCAUGAAGAACCUAAUGAACUACAGUUCCCAGCAGCCUUUGCUGCUCUCCCAGAGGAGUCCCUUCGGGGGGCUGGGCUGCCUGAAACAAGGGGGCGAGAGGGGAGUGAAAGGGGGUAGACCCAGCGCCCCUCAGGACCCCCCCAAACAGCCCCUACCCCCUAGGAGAGGGUCCACCAGCGAGGGGGAAAGGAUGGAUGGAGGGGGAAGAGGGGAGAGGGAGACGGGGGAGACACACGGGGAGGGGGAGGUGCGACAGCCCCCUGUGGGUAUAGCUGUGGCGGUCGCCCGGCAGAGAGAGCCCCUCCAACGCCCCUCUGACACCCUCCCAGGACACAGCCGACAGGGCAGGGUGUUGCCCAGCAUCAAAGGUGUUUCUCGCUCUGUGUACCCGCUGGGCCGGGAGGCAGAAGAGAGGAAAAGGAUGACCGAGGAGCAGCUGAGCCUUCAUCACCUCGACCGAGACAGAGAACUCCUCAUCAGGGAAAACAAGGAGAGAGGGGAGUUUGCCAGGAUCCACCCAUCCAGCAGUUGCCAUGGUGACCUGACCUCUCACCUUCUGGUGCCCGGCAGGGCCAGCCAAUUAGGUGGAGACCCUUCUGCUCAUGCCCACCACCAUUGGAUGCAGCGGACUGGAAGUCCCUCCCUUUGGAUGGGCCAUUCAUAUGGUCUGAGCCAUGCGGCGCUGCACCAGAGUAUGGGCCCAGGGUUUGGCCCUGGCCUGCCCAGCCCCCUGCAGCCUGUGCUGCCUCUGUCCCAGGACCCCUCUGGCUCCCUGGUGGUCCUGCCCUCGGAGCCUGGAGCACACCACCACCUGGAUGUGAUGGACCAGUCAGCUUUGUGGCCCUCGGUCUAUGGAGCACGGGGCCCCUCCCCCCACAUGCAGCAUCACGCUGUUUACUCCCGUUCGCCGUUCCUACGGCAACAGGAGCUCUACGCCCUGCAGCAUCAGCACCACCAGCAACAACACAGGGCCAUGGAGCACAUGCACCGACAACACACACUCUCACAGAGGAAGGCAGAGGACACCACUAUCACCAUUGACGACCCUCCUCUCCACGAGACUUCGAGAACCUCCCGUGCUGCUAAGCCCUUCUCCCAUACCGCUCCCUCCAAGACCACCACUCCCUCCCAGGGUGUGUGUCCCAGCAGCCGCCAAUCACCCUGCUGUAACUCCCCUUCCAGGAGACCACACCCCCAUAACCGUUUAAACCCCGCCCCCAGCCCUGUGGCUGCAGCCCCGAGAUCCCCAGCUCUAAGCCCCGCCCCCUCACACCUGUUGAAAGGAGUGGAAAGAGGGGAAAGAGGAGAGGGGCAGCCUCCUCAGGAUUACCCACAAUCCUUAGAGCCAGAUCUUCCGCCAGGUUACACCUAUCCAGAAAUUGCCAUGGGUUACAAGGCUGGUCCUUCCCCAGAGGAGGCCCGAUUGGCUGAACAUGCUGAUCUGGAGGUGGAGCCAGCUGAACCCUGUCCUAAGCCCCACCCACACACCGUGAAUAUUUUGGAGGAUGAGGAGGUGAAAACGGAGAAGAAGGAGAACGGGUGUAAAGUUGUAGAAAGGGAACGAGAAGGAGCAGAGGUGGAGGGGCAAGCAGUAUCUGAGCCCCCACUAUUUGGCAGUGGAGUGAAGACUCCUGAAAUGGUGUCUUGUCCUGCCCAAGUUUCAACCUCAGCCUCAUCCCCAGUCACACUUCCAGCUCCAUCUCUAGCCCCAGUCUCUGCUUCUGAGGAUGCCCAGAAAGGAGAGGUCUCUGUGGGCAGCCUGGCCCAGCCAGCUGGCUUGAAGGACCCACAACCAGCACAGGCGAAGAAAGAUGAGGAGAAAGAGGAAAGUUCAGCAGAGUUGAAAAAUAACCACCUACCAGAUUGUACUUUUUCCCUGCCUCUUGAGCUAACUGGACAUGGGGAGAAGGAGGAGAGAGAGAAGGGUGAGGAGGUGGAGGAGAAGAAGGAGGAGGAGGGAGGUAGGAUGAGUACGAGUGAAGCCUCUGUGGAGUUACUAAGCAGACCCUGGCCCUCUCCAGCCCCAACACCAACCGCAGCCGCAGCCUCCACCCUCACCCUCAGUGAUGAUCCCUGCAUCUGGAGUCUGGAGCUUCUUAUUGCCGCAGCAUUGUGUGCCACCCGGGAUGCCCGCUACCCCCCUGUGCCCCCCUCCAACACACCCCUGCCCGCCCCGUGCCCACUCCCACACCGAGGCAUGGAGAUACUGGGAGAGUUGGCUGAGCUGGGGAUACUGCAGAGGAACAGGGAGAAGGAGAGAGAGACAGGAAGUGAGGAUGUUUUGACCUUUGACCUGCUUAGCCUGGCGACACUGGCUGCGGCCCGCAGUCUGGAGCUGGGGGGAGGAGCUACAGGGAGGGGGGAGGUGCAGCACUGUACCGUCAGAAGGACCCUCAACCUGCGACAGAAAUGUAGCUGGAUGCCUCGCCACGAGCCGGUGUGUCCGGUGAAGGGUGCCAUGGAGAUGAUGGAUGAGGCGGAGCUAGCGAUGCGAGUGCAGCUAGCGGAGAUCCAGAGACGUUACAAAGAGAAACAGAGAGAGUUAGCCAAGCUGCAGAGAAAACAUGACCACCAGAAAGCAGAGACCUCUCACAGCCCUGUUCGCAGAGGGCCUGGUCGCCCCCGGAAACGCAAGUCUACCCCCGGUCCCAGCGGCUCAGAUGGCCCCAAGAGACUCAGGGCGGCGGAUGUGGAAGCAGAAGGGGGCGGAGAGAAGCGGAGGAAGAGGAUGACCAAUCAUGGCUUCCUCAAGAGGAGGAGAGGUCGUCCCAGCCUGAGCUCCAGACUAGCACGGAGGGUGACCCAGUUGAAGCAGAAAGCUGUGGCCCAGAGAGGUGCACCGUCAGGGGGCAUGCACCGCCGCAGAGGGGACCCUAGACCUGUAGCCCACGCAAACUGCAGAGAGAGUGACACAGCAGCCAAUACAUCCAGUACCCAGCAGGACUGGGUGCCCAAUCAGGUGGUGAGGAGGAGGAGGAGAGGUCGGCCAAAGGUCAAACUGAGCGGACCAUCGACCAGAGUCCUCCGCAGAGUGGGCAGGGCCUCUGUGAACCAGGAAGUGAACGAGGGGAAGAGCAACAGCGAGACCUCCGGCCAGGAGGAGGAAGAGGAGGGGGGCUAUGAAAGCGACAAAGGAACCAAUGACGUCAAGACGACGACACCAUCCUCCAAAGACACGACAAUAAACACUGCUGCGAUUGGCCCAGUCACUAAGCUUCAAGCCAAUCAGAAAGCCAGGAGCAAGAAGGAGAGGCAAGGUGAUGAUGCGAGCAUGCCCAGUGCGGAGCUGAGGAUGAGAGGAGCCCCCUGCAGGCCGCGCCCUGCUUCUGCAGACCAUAGAUACCCAGAGCUCCAGGAGCCACAGGGGGCUAGGAGAGGACCUGCACACAGCUGGAGGGCCUCGUCAGUGGGCAACAGCCUACAGGACAGCAGGGGGAUCCAGGGAGCUCUGGCGGAGGCUGAGAUGAAGAGUUCAGGACCACAAAGCAUUCUGGGACAGAGGAGAGGCUGCUGGCUGGAGGCUGAGACCCAGAGAGAGGACACCAGCAGGGGCAGGAGGAGCAGGAAGAAACCGGCUAAAGGGCGUGCGGUGAGCCGGCUGCUGGAGAGCUUUGCGGCUGACGAAGGAUUCCGAUUGGACGAGGACAGUAGCUUCUCCGAGGGGGAGGAGGAAGACAUGGAGCAUACAUCUCACACACACAGAGCACCAGCACUGCUUAACUGUGUGCUGAGCAGGGAGAUGCUGGUGGAUGGUCUGAAGGUGUUGAUAUCUAAGGAGGAUGAGCUGCUGUAUGCUGCCCGACUACACACUCUGGACCUGCCUGACAUAUUCAGUGUAGUGAUCGAGGGGGAGAGGGGAAACAGACCUAGGAUCUACUCUCUAGAACAGCUAUUAGAGGAAGCGGUGUUGGAUGUGCGGCCGCAGACGGAAGCCAUCUUGACUGCCGGGAUGCGUGUUUGUGCCUACUGGAGCGAACGCUCCCGCUGCCUCUACCCUGGAUACGUCCACAGAGGGGGUCCGGGAGAGGAGGAGAAGGAGGGCAGUGUGAUGGUGGAGUUUGAUGAUGGAGACAGAGGAAGAAUCUCUCUGCCCAACAUACGCCUGCUGCCCCCAGGGUACCAGAUACACUGUGCGGAGCCAUCUCCAGCCCUGCUCUCACCUGGUCGUCGUGGUCGCAGAAGCUCCACCCAGGACAGUAGAGACAAGCCCACAGAGAGACCAACCAAUGGGGAGGCAGGAGGGAGGAGCCAGAAGCGGAGACCAGUAGGACGACCCAAAAAGGUCAAGCCAGGGGCCAAUAGUUCCACCACAACAUCAUCAGAGAGCGUAACCAGGGGUAACACUUCCUCGUUAAGCUGGCCAGCAAAGAGACUUCCAGCGGACUUCUUCCUGUUCAACGGGACGUCCCGUAAAACCCACCGAGUGGGUCGCCAGCAAGACCUGGGGGUGUUCCACCGCCCAGCCACACACCCCUUCGCCCCUCCCGCACCCCUCAAGGGCAUCUUCAGUUCCCCAUUCGAGAUCGACUCCUUCAGUAGCAUCGCCAAUGGUUACGCUGGAGCCUUCGGAACCGGAACCCACCGGCCUGUAACCACGGUUAUGCCUCUGGGGCUGAGGGACUCUGUCACCAUGCCAACAGUGCCCUCCAACAGGAAGUCGAGCGACAGGGACAGAAAACAGUUCCUGGUGAAGCUGGAUCACGAGGGCGUGACGUCGCCCAAAACCAAGAAUGGGAAAGCUCUGCUGCGUCUGGGGGGCGGCAGGGGGCACAAGGGUCCCUCUGCAGGGGUGGGGGGUGCACCCCUGAGGUACAUCCACUCUGCCCUGGUGGUGAAGGACAGAAAGAAAGGAGGAGGAGAGAGUGGAGUGUCCAGGUCUGAGCUGCUCCUGAAGGGGGCUCCAGCUCUCAUAAAGGGGCUCCCCUCAUCUGGUUUAGGAGGUCUGGGGGGAGAGUUUGGAGCUCUGGACUGUCCCAGCGACUGCCCCAGCUCUUACUCUGAGCUGGAUGAGGAUGAUGAUGAUGGAGAUGAAGACGUAGCUCGGAGGAGAGCAGCAGCGGCGGGCGCGGGACGUUUCCUCUCCCGUCUCUCCGUCUGCUCCUCCUCUUCCUCGUCUUCCUCCUCCUCUGGCUCCCUCUCUUCCUCCUCCCUCUGUUCUUCCGACAAUGACUCCUCCUACUCCUCAGAUGAAGAAGAGUCUUCAUCCCUCCUUCUCCACCGAGCACUGCUCCAGCAGCAGAAACACAAACACAGACAGAGCUUGACCUCUAACCCCUUAACCCCUGACCCCUCCCCUAACCCCGCCUCCUCAGCCUCGACCCAACCACACGCCUACGUUGCCAAGUCAGCCAUGGCCAUCACCGGAGGUUCAAAGGUGAGAGGAAGUGACAGAGGAGAGGACAGGAAGGAGUACACAUCAAAGGGGAGGACUAAUAAUAGCAGUAGCGCAGCCAAAAGCCAAACCAAGAGGAGAGAUGGACCUGGCUCCAAUACACACAUUGCGACUCCCAACACACACACUCUGACUCCCAACACACACACUUCGACCCCCAACACCCCGGCCUCUCAGCCCAACCCUCCCAAGGACCACCCAGCAGCCAAGAGGCAGAGGAUGUUGUCACCGGACCCCCAUCCCAAUAUGUCCGCCCUCCUGCCGGGUCACCAGCUGUGGAAGUGGUCUGGAAACCCCACGCAGAGGCGUGGUCUGAAGGGUAAGGCCCGUAAGUUGUUCUACAAGGCGAUCGUGCGUGGUGGUGAGACGGUGCGUGUGGGGGACUGUGCUGUGUUCCUGUCCCCCGGUCGGCCCCAGCUGCCCUACGUAGGGCGGGUGGAGAGCCUCUGGGAGUCCUGGUCCUCCAGCAUGGUGGUCAGGGUCAAGUGGUUCUACCAUCCUGAGGAGACACGCCUGGGGAAGAGGCACCACGACGGAAAGCAUGCCUUGUACCAGUCAAGCCACGAGGAUGAGAAUGACGUCCAGACCAUCUCCCACCGCUGUCAGGUGGUCAACCGUGCCGAGUACGAGCACCUGAUCCGCAGACGCAAGUCAGGGGGCGGAGCUCAGGACCUGUUCUACCUGGCCGGGACCUACGAACCAACCACAGGCCAGCUAGUCAGCGCCGAAGGCGUGGCCAUCGUCCCCUAGCAACAACUAUGGAGUGUAAACAAAACAAAGCCUUAAAGAUGGCUACCUCAUCUCAUAGAGCUGGACCGAGCAACUGGUGCUGGUGUCAGUGAAGCAUGGUUCUGUCCAGAACUAGAAGAGUCCGGAAAGGAGGAUCUUCAUUGGACUGGUUCUAGUUCCUGCUGGUUCUGGAUCUUGGUUCUUUGUCCUAUCUGGGUGUGGACGAUCCUAAACCCCAACAGGGAUAACAGCACUUUGGACCGCAGUGGAUUCUAUUAUCAGCACUGGAGUCAUCUGACCUGAAGAGGGACUUCAGUACUCUACUGACCUAAAACAAAGACAGACAGUGCCCACUCUACUCUCUGUCUCCAAUAGUUGUUCUACAGUCUGUCAUAGAGUCAAAGACUGUCAUAGACUGACUCUCAGGCAGUCUGACAGAGAAAGACUUCUGGAACUCUCACCGGUUGUUGCUGUAAGUGAGAAUAUGUUGUUUUCACUUCUCAGCCUAUAGACCUGGUUAAAUAAGGGUUAUAUAGAAUACAUGAAAGAGACUGGGAGAGAGAGAGAACAUAAGGAGAGGAGAGGAGAGCAGAGACUUUUCUCUCCCCAUACUGGGUUAAAUGGUCUUACUGGUGGCCACACUGGUCUGAUGAUAAAUGAACAACGGCAGGAUUGAGAAAUCCUAACAGGACCAAAAACACUGUAGUUCUGAAGUGUGUGUGUGUGCGUGAGUGUGUAUGAGAGAGAGUAUGUGUACGUUUGUGUGCUGAGUGCUUGUAAUGGAUGCAUUUGGUACUUGAAGAGCUCAGAGUAAAUAGUGCUUUAGCGUGUGUGUUUGAUUGUCUGUGCGUGCGUUGGUCUCUAGUCUAGACCUCACCAUGGAAAACCCUCGAUGUCUUUAACACUCAGAAAGUAAACCUACUAAACGUAAAUCUAUGAAUAUUAAUUAAUAUAUAGAUCGAUUUACUAACAGCUUCUUCUCUAGACUAAAAAAAAAAAGACAAAAAGGAAUGAUUAUUUCUCCAGUCAAGCCAUACACUUCAAUACCUCUCAUAUCCUCCUAUUCAGGUGCAUAGAUGUACAGCUGAAUUAUUUGUCUAUCUCUGUGUGUUGUACAGCAUUAUGUAUAAAGACGUUAUGAUUAAACUGUACAUAGUAUACAAAUAUAAUAUACAUGAAGAGAGAAUUAUAUUCCUCUUUGUUGCUCUUUAGGUUGUGUUAUUUUUUCAAAGACUUGAGUUUUCUUUGAGUUGUUCUUUUGGCUUAGGGAGGAGGAGGUUUUAUUCUUCUCUUCCUGCACUGAGUAUGUUGUGGGGAUGGGGUGGGAUGGGGUCCAUGAGGGGUAAAGCUGUAAAUAUGCUACAAGGGAUGGGUUCAAGUCCCAUUUUGGGGUUUAGGGUGGAUUUGGUGACGGGGAUGGAAUGGGAUGUUUUUAUAAGAAAAGUGGAAAAGGCUUUUUGUGUCCACAUUAUCAUUCGUCUGUUUUUGUAUAUUUUUCAUAUAGGUUUUUAUUGUGUCUAUUGUUAUGUGUUUAUUCUCCUGUGGGGGUUUAACAGAAAUAUAAAUACUGGACAGAAACUGAGUUUCUUCUAUUCGCUGAUCCUUAAGAUCUAGACUGGAGAGUUCUAGAUGUUCUAUAUCUAUAUUAUAUUCCUAGAGGAGAUCUAUGUAGGUAUUUAUCUGGCCUCAAAAAAACAAAAACAAAGCGCAUCUGUAUGUACGCUUGAUCACAUUAGAAUACAAUAUGAAGAAAUAUACAAAUAUGAAAAUAUUCAAUCUAAUCAAAAUUCCGGGAUCCUGCAAUCAUAUUGAAAUAAAAUAGUUGUGUUCCCUCAUACUUGUUGGCAUAGAACACGGCUUAAGGUUCACCUCCAUGUUGCCAGGGGAGCAACAUUUUCUUUCUGCACAUUGCCCGGCUCUUGCACUUGAAGGCUCCAUGACAACCGUAUAUGACAUCACAUGACUGUGAAGGACAAUCAGAGCCAAUCAAAAGAGGGUAAUAUAAAAAAUAACAAAAUAGAUCAAAUCAAAAUUGUGCUUAAUCUUGUUCCUGCAUUGCCAAAAAUGUCUCUUUCUGUUUUUAAUAUUUUUAUUUUUAUUUCGCCAUUGUCUUUUUCCUGACUGUUAUGCAAGCCUGGGAUGACUGUGUUUUCAGUGUUGGGGUUUUCACAAGGAAAACAUUCAUGCCUUUUCGUUUGCGACAUACGUCGACUUUUUUAAACAUUGUUGCUGUUACACUGCAAAGCAAAAGCUUUAAAAGAAAUAUAAUGUGAACAUCCAUGUUAUGUUACUUUUUGUAGGUCUUUAAACAAUUUUUUAAAAGCUGUAUUUUCUUAAAGAAACACUGGAUUCAGUUCUUAACAUCACAUUGGGUAAAGUGUCAUCAUCCUUGCGCAACCUGUUUUUGAGGCCCACUGGAAACAAUUUACUUUGUAGUGUUGAUAUAUACUUUGUGACAUUUGUCUCAGUCAUUGUUGGAAACAUGACUAAAAUAUUUCCCCUGUGUAAAAAACAAACAAAAAAGAAAAGUUAUUUAUCUUAAUUUUAUUGCCUUUGUGUUGCGUUUCAUUAAAAAAAAAUACUAAAAAUGA